AUGGACUCUUUUUUCUCUUCCAUCCCCGUAGCUCCUCAGCCCCCGAUCCCUCCCCGGCCCGUCGUCGCUCCUCUCUUCGCUUCCAACCCCCAGCCGCCUACGACGGUGGCCGGUGGUCCUCCUCUGAGCUUCGACCACCCGUCUUACACUGACAUGAUAUGCGAGGCUAUCUCGGGUUUAAAGGACGCCAACGGGUCAAGCAAGAGGGCUAUAGCCAAGUACAUAGAGUCAGCUCACAAGGACUUGCCACCAACUCACUCGGCCUUGUUGACUCACCACCUGAAGCGCUUGAAAAACAACGGCAUCUUAGUUAUGGUGAAGAAAUCCUACAAGCUUGCUUCUGAUGCUACCAGAUCUGAAGUUCCGAUCCCCGAUUCCACUCCUCCCGAUGCUUCAACCGGCCUCAACGAAGCCGCGGUCGCCCUCCUAAACCCAAACCCUCAAUCCCCGCUGCUGCCAAUGAAACCGUUCCGGCUCAGCAACUGCCGGCUCCGAUUCCCGAUGUGA